AUGUUGUUUUUAAGGCAGGAGGAAGAUGAGGAUAGUGUAGCAGGCGGGAGGAAUCAAAUUGAGAACAGGGAAGACGGAAGAGGGGAAGAUUCGGAAGAUUCAGAGUACGAAGACUGGGGCGAUGAAGAUUAUACAACCAACGAAGGAGAUCAAUAUCCGCUUGUUGGUGUUGGUGUCCCUUUAGAUGUACUCCAUAAUUUGAGCAUGACACAACAUGAGUUGGGGAAUGAAGAGUUGGAGCUAGAUGACAGGACUGUAUUGGUAUUAUAAAGGUUUCGGGGAAAAAAAAGUCCAAAGACGCUGGCAUGCUUCUCGCACAAAGUUCUGAAAAGCCAAGGAAUUACGACGCACUUUUGGGCCGACUGAAUGCAGAUCGUGAUAGUCCACCUCCAAUCAGAGAAGUGUACAACUUAUAUAUCUCUACCGUCAGAAAGAAGAAUCAAUAUGUAUUCAUUGCAAGGGACGGGACUUGCUGUUGAAGGAACCGGUUCAACCAGAACUAUUUUUGCCCGAUUGCGCCGUGAUUACUAGGCAAGAGUUCACGAUAUUGGGCGAUCAUGGUGGCUUAAAGGAUUUAGUAGGUCCCCAGCCAGAUUAUACUGAGGGAUCUCUUAACCGUCGAGAUGUCCUAAAAGGGUUAUAUGAUGAUGUGGAUGGAGCUGCCUAG